CGCUCGACUUUCGCACACCUCGUCCGCCCACUCUCUCCUGCCUUUCCCCUCUUUCACUCUCCCUAUUGUGCCGUAGUUCUCCCUAUUGUGUCUGUUCAUUCUCUUGCUGCGUGCGCAUGCCGCUGCUAGUGCAUGAGCUCCUUCGCCCCGUAUCGAUAGGAGGAUCCGUCCAUUCGCCGCGCUCCGUAACUUCCCCCCCUUCUUAACCACACUUCUCGCAAUCUGUCCUCUCGGCCCGCAAGACCGCAACCAUGCUAGUCAACAAGAAGCUCGAUCGAUUCAAGCAAUGGGCGGGCGAGAAGAUGGGCGGAGAAGUCAAGACCGGCCUCUCCGACGAGUUCAAGUCGCUCGAAAUGGAGAUGAACCUGCGACACGAAGGCAUGGAGAAGAUGCAGAAGUCGAUGACCGUCUACGUCAAGUCCCUCUCCAAGCGCGAAGAGGGUGACAAUAGGGAGAAGUCCCUCCCUGGUGGCUACUUGGGUUCUGCUAUGGUCACACACAGCGAAGACUUCGAGCCAGACUCAGAAUUUGGCAAUUGCCUGUCCUCUCUCGGCAGAGCGAAUGAGCGAUUGGCACGCGUCCAGGAGACGUAUGUUUCGAGUGCGACAUCCACUUGGUUGGAGGGUUUGGAGCGUUCUCUUGCCCAGAUGAAGGAGUACCAGAAUGCCCGCAAGAAGCUUGAACAGCGUCGAUUGGCCUACGAUACCUCUCUUGUCAAGAUGCAAAAGGCGAAGAAAGAAGACUUCCGGGUCGAGGAAGAAUUGCGGUCACAGAAGGCCAAAUUCGAGGAGUCGAGCGAGGACGUCUUCCGCAGGAUGCAGGAUAUCAAAGAGUCCGAAGUUGAUAUGAUUCAAGACUUGACGCAAUUCCUCGAAGCCGAAUUGACAUACUAUGAUCGCUGCCGAGAAAUUCUUCUGAACGUCAAGCGGGAUUGGCCGGCAAGAGAUGCUCACCGUCCCGCGCGCUCCCGGUCCAACACUGCAACGCGGGGCUAUGCUGAGCGCUUCACUGCCCAAGAAGAGGAGCCGCCCAUGCCUGAGCAACCACGCAUCACAAUCCCUAAAUUGUCAUCCCGGAACAUGUCCCCUGCCCACGACACUCAAUCUCCAGGUGGACAUUCCUCGCGCCCAGCUUACAGCCGCACCACCACGUUCGAUGGACCGUCCCGCUCUCAGCGCGAGAUGAGCCCCGCCCCUCGACUUUCCCGUGUUCCCACUGAGCCGACCAUGAUCAUGGCGAAUCGCGCUAACCUCCGUCCUGUCCGCCAAACGAACACCUUCGCCGACGAUUACGAAGACGAAUACCCAGGCACCAAUGGCCAUCGACGCGACCGGUCGCCACCGAGUCCCGCAACCAGCCAAGGAAGUGCCAUGUCACGAGCAGCAAGCUGGACUGCUUCAGAGCUUGCAACCACGGGCAAGAAGGCGCCUCCCCCACCUCCACCAUCGAGGGCAAAGAAGCCUCCGCCACCCCCGCCACCAAUGAAGAGAAGUGCGCUGAGUGCCUCUGAAACCUCGCAUUAUUAACCUGGCAUCCUUAAUUUCCUUUGUCCUUCCCAUGCUAACUUUCUAUGCUUGUGUUCAGUGUCGAGGAGA